AUGGGUAAAAAAAAGGCUACCAAGAGUUUUAGAAACUCAAAACAGGAUUCAAAUGAGUCUCAAUCUAUGGAUCCACUUUUCGGCCAAAGCAGAGCGUUCGCUUUAGAGGGCCAUCUGGUAAAUCCACAAGUCAGGAAGUACUUGAAGUCGGUGAGGCAACAAGCUUUGAGCACACUAGGUGCUGAUCCAGGCAGCAAAGUGCAAAGAGCUACAAGGCCAAAAGAAAACCAGGGAUUUUACGACGAUGAGCCCGUAGUGAAUCAGAAGCUGGCCCGUUUUGACAAGAAUAGUAAAGCCUGGGUAGCAUGGUUUAGAGAGCUGAAAAACGGAAUCCAAGAGACUGAAGGGUCGUCAGCCCAACAAUACACUCCAGAAACUUUGGACUUACUGCUUUUAUAUUUCAAGAGGUUCUUGCAAGAAGCGGUCGAAAAGGGAAGCAUCGAAUCCAAUGAGAGUGUCACGAAAGUACUGGCAUUGUUGCAAUCGCAUAACGUUGAGGAAGAUGCAGAAACCGAGUCACUUGAAAUCGACGAAGAAUGGGCUAACAGUCUGGUAGCCCAACUCAAGACGAAAAGAUUUCACAACAUACAAACCAUCGACGAACUCAAGCGGCUGAUAAGUACACCGAAACCGCUGCCGCAGAAUUUUAACUCAUGGCACAACUUCAUUACAAGGACUGAGCCGAGUCCUGCCUUGCUACAAAGGAUAAGUGACAACGAUUGCGUUCUUCGGUUGGCCAGUUAUUUGAUUCAAUGGGUCGGUGACAUACCUAAGAAUAAAAACGUCGGCAGGAUAUCCCAAUGGACACUCUUUGUGCUUUUAUACCUGGACAGUAAUCUACCGGCUCCAAAUGUCAGUAUACUGCGAGAUUUGGGAAAGAAAGCCCGCCAUUGCAAGCUAAAAACUUUGGCUUCCACGGACACUCAAUCAAUCUACCAUUUGAAGGUCCCUGAAGGAUUUCCCGUACCAAGCGUCGAGAUCGAGCCACUCACCGCUAUUGAUUUGGCUCUUGCCGUUGUUGCUUUGGAAUAUGGUCAACGAGAUCUGAUUGACUGGACAGAUACUUGA